GAACAAAACUAGUCGUUUACUAAGUUUGGUAGUAUAAGUUGAGCUCACGUCCGAAUAGGUAGCAACAGCGCCCCAACCAAAUAAAUUACAGUAUCAUUUCUAACACAAUGUCGUCUCCACUGCUGAACGCUCAAUGCGCAUCACAAAGCGUGGGGACUUUCAACACUAUGGUGAACGCGCUUCUGCAAACACUCAUCGCCGCACAUUGCGCCAUUUCCCCACCCGAGUUGUGGCCACCAGAUUACGCCGAUCAAGCGCUGAAGAAUGGUUUAGAAACUUAUGAUUUUGUGGUGGUGGGAGCUGGGUCAGCGGGUUCGGUAAUAGCAAGCCGUUUAAGCGAAAAUCCAAAUUGGAAAGUUCUCGUGCUAGAAGCCGGCGGCGAUCCACCGCAGGAAUCUGAGAUACCUAACCUCUUCUCGGCUUUGCCACACACAAACGCCACUUGGAAUUAUUUGACUGAGUCUAGCGAUAAAGCCUGUUUGGGGCUCGUCGAUCGUCGCUGCUAUUUGCCGGGUGGUAAAAUGAUAGGUGGUUCUGGUGGUAUGAAUGCUAUGAUCUAUGUGCGCGGUAAUCGCAGGGACUACGAUCACUGGGCUUACGAGGGUAAUACAGAUUGGGGUUGGGACGAUGUGUUACCGUAUUUCGAACGCUCUGUGCGACCAGUUGGUAAUGAUACGCAUCCACAAGGAUAUGUGACACUCAAUGCAUUUCCAGUCAAUGACGUGGAUGUAGAAUAUAUGAUCUGUGGCGGCACCACCGAAUUGGGUAUACCACGUGUUCGCGAGUUCACGGUAGACAGGGAACUGGGAUUUUCCAAUGCACCAGGCACAAUUCAGAAUGGCCAUCGCGAUAGCACUGGCAAGAGUUAUCUUGCUAAGGUGGCUCAACGACCAAACUUGCGUGUGAUCAAAAAUGCCGUUGUGACGAAAUUGAACUUCGAUGAGAGGGGCAAAUAUGUAAUUUCAGUGAAUUUUGUGUUGCAAGGCAAAUACGAAAUGAAAGUGAACAUUGACAAGGAACUCGUGCUGUCGGCUGGCGCAAUUGAAUCACCAAAGCUCUUGAUGUUGUCUGGUGUGGGUCCAGCGGAGCAUUUACAGGAAUUAAGAAUUCCUCUCAUUCACAACUUGCCUAUCGGCGAUAAUCUGAACGACCAUGUGCAGGUUAUGUUAUUCAUCAAGUUCAACGAGCAUAUCGCACGGCCAGUUAUGACCGCCGAUAACCUGGAUAGCACUUACAACUACCUCAUUCACCAAAACGGAUCGUUGGCUUCUCAAGGCACUGCUUCCUUAACUGGAUUCAUUAAUACUCUCAAGAAUGGGUCAUACCCGGAUGUUCAAUUUCAUCAUUCAAUUUUGCGACGAGGUGAUUUUUCAAGCUUAGACACCUACCUUACUAGCCUUAAUAUCAACCAGGACUUAAAAGCUCAGAUACGCAAAGUACUCGAAACUGCGGGCCUUUUGGUUGUAUCCAAUGUGGUUACUAACCCAAAAUCAACGGGAAAUAUACGUCUGCGAAGCCUUGAUUACAGAGAACCUCCAAAAUUAACACCCAACUACUUAAGCGAUCCCGAAGAUGAGGCGACUCUCUUGCGCGCAAUUCGCUUCCAGGAGCAACUGCUUAACACUGCAGCCUAUAAAGCAAUGAAGGCCACACUAAUAUUGCCCAUAAUUGGCGAAUGCAACAGUUAUGUAGUGCAAAGUGAUGAGUAUUGGCAGUGCUACAUCAAAUAUUUAUCCAGAGCUUCCCAUCACCUAACGGGUACAGUGAAAAUGGCACCCGAGACGGAUGAGACAAGUUGUGUGAAUCCACGUUUGCGGCUGAGCGGUUGUGGUAACGUGCGUGUUGCCGAUGCCAGCAUUAUGCCACAGGUGCCCAGUGCUAAUACAAAUGCGGCGACAAUUAUGAUUGCGGAAAAAGCAGUGGAUUUUAUACGAGAAGAUUGGCUGGAAAUGGAUGAUGACGAUGAGGAAGAGGAAGAGUGGGAUUUCUGAGGCGAUCUUUUUUAGUAAAAUUUAUUGGUGCAAAAUAUAUGACACAUGGAGCAGCGCUUUUUAAGUAUAAGAUAAAAAUGUAUUUAUACAGUGGAGUGCGAUCAGAUAAAAAGUUUUAGGUUAUGGUUUUUUUUUAGAGUUCAGCUUUUUAUUUGCAAAUAUGUAUAGAGUGAAUAUUAUACAAAAUAAUUAUUAAAAAAAUUUAAUUAAUACAGUAGACACUCACAAAUUAGAACCACUUUGUUUUUAGGGUGAUUCUAAUUUCUGAAAAAUUCUAAUUCCUGGACGUUUUUUUAUUUCAAUAAAACCUUAAAAUUUAAGUCAAUUUGCAUUGAAAAACUACAAUGAAAUUUUGUCUUACUAAAUUUUAUUCAUAAAAACGAGAAAACAUAGGGUAACAAUCCAAUAUAUUGUAUAUAUAUAUAUAUGCGCUAAGUCAA